AUGGCUGUUAUUAAGAUUAAGAAGCCCAAGAAGAAUGAGGGUGCUAACGAAUCGGAAGGCCCAAAAUUAAAGAAGAUACGGAUAAGUGCUGGGAAUAGGAAAGAGGAGAAAGAACCCAAGAAAUUAAAGAUUAACUUGAAAAAGACAGAUGUCAAGAAAUCUGGUAGUGUUGUUAAGUUGAAGCUGGGGUCGAAGAAAGAGGAGAAGCAGUCUCGGACGCCGCGUCUGCGGUUGAAACCUAUCCGUAUACCUGGUGAAGGUUAUGACUCUGAGGCGUCUGAUUUGGAGGAUGAUCCGUUGAUUGAGUCUGGUAUUAUACUGCGAGUGCUUCCAGAUGUACAGGUUGAUUUUAUCAAGAAUUCAAUUGAAUCUGGUGACUAUACCGGUAUUAGCAUCAAGUGGAAGGGUGAGAGGCAUGCGAUUCUCAAGUUAAAUAAUGUAACAUAUGGUGCCAUCUUGGUAGAUUUACCGACAAUAAUAGAAGUUAACAAGAGUGUUGAUCGUAAGAAUCUUUUCAAGACGUUUGAUGUCACACAGAUGCUCGUUUGUGUGAAACCCAUUACCAGUGAGGACGAGUUGUUUACCCUAGAGGCACCAGAAACCGAGGAUCUGAUAUCCAAACACUAUGAAGAAUAUCUAGAUGAAAUAAAUGAUCACAAAGUUAAGUUGUUCAAGAAUGCCAACCAUGUCAAUUUGCACUCAGAAACUGAAGCCAAGAACUUGGAGAAACUAGCGCUAAAGAAGUAUCAUUACAAGCACGGAUUAACGCCUCCUCUGUAUAAUGUGCGAAACAGGAGGUUCAGAAGACAGAUGCAUGCGGAUGAAUUUGAGUAUGCUGAAAAGAUAGUGGACAUGCUUCUUAAAGCAGAUGCCCAAGCUGAGGAUGUUAAGUUUGAUCUCAUAGCGCCAUCAGACGUUCCAGAGAAGGGAUCGGUGAGUGCAGCACCAUCGCAUGUUGAUCUAUCUGUGGCUAAUAAGCCUGAAGUGCUCAACGAAGACGUGACGUUACAGGACGAUGAUGAGGACUUAGACCUUGAAGAGGCGUUCCAAAGUGAUGAAGAUGAGUCCGAGUCUACUAAGCGUAGUGAUGCAUUAUUCGGAGACCAAGAUGAAGAAGGCGGAGACGAGGUUGAGCAAGAUAAUGGUGAGGAUGAAGAUGAUGAUGAUGAUGAUGAAGACGACGAUGAAGAGGAAGAAGAAGAAGAAGUUGGUUCAGUAGCUAAGAGUGGUGAUGAUAAUGAAAAGAGACAACAUACGGAGUUGUUAGCAGACGAGCUGAACGAAUUGGUAUCUACGCUAGAGCACACAAAGGAUAAGCUUGAAAAGGCAACUAAUCCAUUGCUAAAGUCAAGAUUUGUUGACAGCAUCAAGAAGUUAGAAAAAGAAGUCGAGCUGAAGAAAAAACAACUGAAGGAGUCAGAGAAUCAAUUAAGCGGUGGCACAGGCCCAGUGAGCUCGACAGGAAUAGUGGAUGAAGACGACGAAGAUCAAGAUGACGAAGAUGACGACGAAGACGAAGAGGAGGAGGAGGAGGAGGGCGAAGGUGAAGGUGAAGAAGACAAGGACGACUCAAAGGAAGACAAAGAAGAAGAGCUUGAUCAGAACGACCUCGACAUGAUGAUGCUAUUUGGUGGUGAAGGCGAUGAAUAA